AUGGUAAGCAAUCGGCGUCGCCCAUGGACACCCGCCACAAAGAAGGAGUUACGAGUGCGUUGCCAACCUUUUAAGGAUUGGGAUUUUGGGGAUUUUGGGACUGGGAAGGGAUUGGUGUAUGGGAAGGAUUGGGCCUCCGGUAACCUCACUUACACGGCGAAACACAAGGUUGUGGUUGUUUCACGCCGGUUUUCUGUGAGGCCGUGGUAUCACGCCGGCCGAGCCGACCCAUUCGAGCCGAAGCAUGGCUCUCCCACUUCGGUGGCCGUCGCGGUGGUUCGUCGAGGAUCAGUUUUGGCAAACUCAAAAAAAGAAAAGAAUGACGAAACAACAGUAAAGCCACAUCAUUCUAAACAUCACUCGAAGAGUGCCAAUACAUCUAUAGCUGAUGUAGAAGAAAUAGCGGAUGAAGGUUGGGAUUACGAAAACACUACUACUGUAGAUGCUAGGAGAAUUCUAUUCAGUAAGAGAACCGAGAAGGGAAAACGACCUUACAUGGUAUAUCUCCAACUAACAAAAGAAUCUGCCAAAGUUCACAAGUAUAGAGGCUGGUUGUGUGGUGGUGUGAUCGUGCAUCCCUUCUACGUGCUAACUUCAGCCGCCUGCGUUGAAGACGCCGACAGAUUCUACAUUGUCUCCGGAACUACUAAAUACGUAGAUAGCUUCGAUUACAAGAAUGACGAAUGCGUUUGUAAACAUCGGCGAAAAGUUGUAUGGAAAUGUAUACCCAAGAAUUACAAAUUCGACUUCCAAGACAGUAUUAAAUGGUCAUCGAACGAUAUCGCUAUAGUUAAAGUAGAUAAAGCCUUCAAAUUUGGUGUCCAAGAAAAGGGAUGCGAAUUCGCCACUGAUCUCAUUAUGUAUAACAACGUCAGUAGAGAAAUGGAAAAGCCUGGAACCAAAGGUUGGAUCGCUGGAUGGGGUAGCGGUAAUAACUUCAGAGAGGGUGUUUACCGACGUUCGAAAGACCAUAUGCCGAAAAACAAUAAGUGCCUCCAAGAAGCCAAAGUCUGUGUGAUGGACAACGAGCAAUGUGCGAAGAAAUGGGCCCAAAGAUUUAGGGAAAUUAUAACACAGUACAUGAUCUGUACCAAAGACGUCAUGAAACGGCUAAGUGAAUUAUGUGAUAAAAGAUACGCUAAUUGCACGGACGUGGGAUCCCGCCGAGAUUUAGAAGUUCCUACUAAAACCGUAAAUGUUGACUUGGGACGACAUCUUAGAGACCCUGACGAUUAUACAGCGAGAAGAGCAUCAAUGCAAGGAGGUUUUUGUGAGAACGACCACGGUGGACCUUUGAUCGUAAGAUACCAAGGCAAAGAACGAGUUAUCGGAGUAAUUUCAGCUUGUAAGAUUGACCCUAAAACUCACAGCUGCCACGGACCCUUCUUGUACACAUCUAUUUAUAGGAAUCGUCAGUUCAUAUCUUGUGCUAUUCACAAAGAGGUUGAAGAGAACUGUAGAAGAGUAUUCCGUUCUGGUAUAACUCAUGAAGAGUGGUCGGUAACUUGGGAUAAUGUUGAUGAAGAUGACGAUUCUGUGAAUGACACCCCAGUUAACAGCGACAAGGAAAAAAAUUCAGCGACUGAAAAAUCAAAAACUAAGAAAGAAGACAAGGAAUCAAGUUCGGAAACAGAGACAGAAGAGGUGCUGGCAACUACGGAAAAAACAGUAGAAGAGAAGCAUGAAAAAACCGAAAAACACAAAAAGAAGCAAAAGUCUAAGAAACAAAAAGCAAAAGUAGAAGUCGCAGAAGAUAAAGUCGGAACGAGUAGUCAGAAGCCUGUGCCUAAAGAAGAUAAGGAAGGUUCAGUAGAGAUUCAGGUGAGGGGUCAACUUAAGCCAGACCCGGCUUCGUAUGAGUCAAGCCCUGAUGAUAAUGUUAACGAUCCAGACAACGAAUAA